GGACUGCUAUCUUUAAUUGUAUAUCCCUACAUCACUGGAAAAUCUUACGUCAAACUCUGAACAAUGGACGCUUCCUCCACUUCUUCUGCGUUGCAAAAUAAAGUAGCAGCUGGCUUGCCACAAACAGAUCAACCUUCUCCUACACUUGACGUGCCACCUACAGACCUCAAGAAUCAACCAUCUUCCACACCCACUGCCGAAAGUGAAGAACCUGUGGAAGCUUCAUCGGUACAAAAUGAAGUAGACAAUCUGGCAACUGACUUGCCACAGACAGAUCAGCCUUCUCCUACACCGAACUUGCCACAGACGGAUCAGCCUGCUCCUACACGGCCGGACUUGCCACGGACAGAUCAGCCUUUCCCUACAGACAUCAAGAAUCAACCAUCGUCCACUGCACCCACUGCCAAAAAUGAAAAACCUGUGGAAACUUCAUCGGUACAAAAUGAAGACAAUGCGGCAACUGACUUGCCACAGACGGAUCAGCCUUCUCCUACACCGAACUUGCCACAGACAGAUCAGCCUGGUCCUACUACAUCGGACGAAGAACGUGUAGUUUCCAAAUUGUGUAUUCCUUCUGGUCGUGAUGAAGCCAAUGUAGCAAGACAGCAAGUACGUUCGGCUCUCUCUCCGAAACGUCUUGCAGAAAAAAUGCUAGCUUCUUCCAAUUCCACUCUUUGUGACAAACAGAAUAGAAUUUAUCAAUUGAAAUUACGUGAAGGCAAGAAGAUUGGAUUAAAAAUUGCUAGAUGCUAUAUUGGAAACAAGCCUGCAACAUCAGUCCAAGAGAAGGUACUUAUGGUUGUUGGUGCUACAGGUGCCGGAAAAAGUACUCUCAUCAACGGGAUUGUCAACUAUCUUUUUGGAGUUGAAUGGAAUGAUCAAUUUCGAUUCAAAAUGAUCAAUGAACAUCCUGGAACCCAAGCUAAAAGUGUAACCAGCAUGAUUACUGCUUACACCAUUUAUCAACAGGAAGGCUCACCUUGCAAAUGUACUCUCACAAUCAUUGACACACCUGGAUUCGGUGACACUAGUGGGCUCGAACGAGACAAAGAGAUCACGAAACAAAUCAAGGAAUUUUUCUCCAUUCCGUGCAUUGACGGUGGCAUCGAUCAUCUCGACGGAAUCGGAUUUGUGACACAGUCUUCUCUAGCACGGCUGACUCACACUCAAAAGUACAUCUUUGAUUCUAUUCUCUCCACUUUUGGAAAGGAUAUUGGAAACAACAUCUUCAUGAUGAUCACGUUUGCUGAUGGGAAAAAGCCACCUGUUGUUGAUGCAAUUAAUGCUAGUGACAUACCAUACCGUAAGUAUUUCAAAUUCAACAACUCUGCUUUGUUCCCAAUCAUCGCAGAUGAAGAAGAAUACGAGGAGGGAGAUUUUGAUGAAAUGUUUUGGACAAUGGGCAUCAAAAGUUUCCAUAAUUUUUUCAUGAAUUUCGAACUUGUUGAACCCCGUAGCCUGCAGCUCACAAGAGAAGUGCUUGAAGAGCGUCAGCGUCUUGAAGCCAAUGUGAAAGGCCUACAGCCAAGAAUUAACGAAGGAUUGGCAAAGAUUGAAGAAAUGAGAAAGGAAAGAAGAAUAGUGGAAGAGCACGAGGCAGAUAUUGAAACCAACAAACAAUUUAAAUAUACUAUCACCGUUACGAAGCAGCGAAGGGUCGACUUUGAACGUGGGCGAUACGUAACAAACUGUUUAACAUGCAACUACACCUGUCACAAAUGGUGUGGUAUUUCUGAUGACCGAGACAAAUAUGGAUGUGCUGCAAUGGACGGAGGAGGAUACUCGAGUGCUUUGUGCAAAGUUUGCCCAGAGCAUUGCGGGUGGAGACAACAUGUCAACAAUCCUUACUAUUUCGAGAUCUAUCAGGAGGAUGAAGAAAGAACGUCCGAGGAACUGAAGUUGAAGUUCGAUGCUGCAAAGGAAGGCAAGGCCAGAGUCGAGUACAUCAUACAAGAAACUGAGCGUCGACUAACACAAAUGGAUGAAUUGGUGAUGGAUAUGAUACAGCAAGUUCAACAAAGUGUCAAUCGCCUCGGCCAUAUAGCUCUUAAACCGAAUCCGUUAAGUGAAGUAGAGUAUAUUGAGAUAAUGAUAAAAUCUGAAAAAGCAGAAUGCAAGACUGGUUGGGAUGAGCGUGUGCAGUACCUCGAAAGUGCCAAGAAGCAAGCUCAGAUCACACAAGGGAUUGCCAAGGAGGAUAUCGGCCAAAACAAAAAAAUUGAAAAUCGAGAAGGUCUCUGGAUGAAGAUAAAAAGCUGGUGGAAUAAAGAUCCUAAACAGGACAAAGACAGUGGCAAGAAUUAGAUUAUGCAGGCCAAGAAUUGUUACGCUUAAAAAAAACGCUUUUUUAUAGGUAUUGAUUGUUAAUUAAUCAUCUCGAAUUUUAUUAGAUUUGUUACAUACCCCUCAGCUAUGCCUCGGAUUAACCACGGUAGCGGAGGAUAUAUGGGUGCAUAUUCUCCUCGUAUAUACGUCUUAAUUUUA